AUGCUUCCUCAACAGGUUCGGAAUUCUCUUCAGGCACUGCAUAUCAGCAUCAAUGAGUUUUCUACGUUCGUAGCUUCUCGCGGUCUCGACGAUGACGUCUUUACUUCCACCACAGCAGAAGGCGGCCCCCACCUUCAGGACACUCUUGCUCAGCUUCAACAACUCUGUGAGAUUGCAGAAGAGUGUAUGUGGCCCUUGAAAAUCUAUGGAAACUUUCUGCUAAACGAGCUACCAGUAGCAAAUGUUCUCCACGAAAUGCGUAGUCCCAUGCAGACAUCAGGAAGCUGCAGCACUGUCACGGUGCAUCAGCCUUUGGACAUGUCUCAAACCACUCAAGAAUGCAGAAAAUCAUACCAAGAUUCUCCUGUCGAAACUCGCUCUGUGGGUCUUGAGCACGAUAAAUCGUUUGAAAACCUACCUGUCUCUAGCCUUACCCGGGAUCUGCUGCGCAGAGGGGUACAUCCUAUCCGCUUUCCGAGGGAUCCAAGCCUCCAGAUCGGACCUAUUUAUCUCAGUGAUAUUGGAGAGGACGAAACUCCACUAAUCAUCAUGCCCCCCAAGCGCGAUCCCUAUGAAGAACGGCCAGCCUCUUGCCCUGAGCCAUUAGACCAGUUUGCACACUGUAAAAUCUUAGUAGCAGGGGAUAACUGGAUGAACCAAAAAAUCAUGGUGAAGUUCCUUGGGAAACUAGGGAUCCAUAAUAACGCCACAGCUUCAAAUGGCCAAGCUACGGUGGACGCUGUUCGAGAGUCGAUGGAGAUCUACCAACCUUUCGACUUUAUAUUCAUGGAUGAGCGAAUGCCGUUCUUCAGUUGCCGCGAAGCCACGGUUCUGAUUCGCAAGAUGGGAUUUCAAGGUCCAAUAUGCGCUUUGCUGGUCAAUGUGUCGUUAACAAGCAAGGAGAAAGCUUUCGACGCGGGUGUUACUACGAUUCUCCAGAAGCCAUUCCGGUUCAGUGCGGUUCGAGAUACCCUGGAGCAGUAUCUGACGCCUCUUGUCGAAAAGCCAAUAGUUGACGAAACGCCAUUACCACGACGGAAACCAGAUAUCAACUCGAAACUUUAG